AUGGGUCGCGUUCGCACCAAGACAGUCAAGAAGUCCGCCAAGGUCAUCAUUGAGCGGUACUAUCCCCGCCUGACCCUCGACUUCGAGACCAACAAGCGCAUCUGCGAUGAGAUUGCCAUCAUUGCCUCCAAGCGCCUGCGCAACAAGAUUGCCGGCUACACCACCCAUCUGAUGAAGCGCAUUCAGCGUGGUCCCGUCCGUGGUAUUUCCUUCAAGCUUCAGGAAGAGGAGCGUGAGCGUAAGGACCAGUACGUCCCCGAGGUUUCCGCUCUCGACUUCACCCAGACGUCGGAGAACGGCCAGCUGGAUGUGGACGGCGAGACCAAGGACUUGCUCAAGCACCUCGGCUUCGAUUCUAUCCCCGUCAACGUCGUGGCUGUUUCUCAGACCCAGAUCCCCGAGCGCGGUGCCCGGAGGUUCGGCGAUCGUCGUCGCGACUAA